ACUAAGAGAAGAAGAAGAAGAAGAAGAAAUCAGCUGAUACGCAGUGCUGUAAACAGGAAACAUGCUUAUAUUAAGAUAAAAUAUGAUUAUAUUAGAGUAACAUUGAAACAACAUAGUUUAGUUUUGUUAGGAAUAUUUUCUUUUUUUAAUUUAUAUAAUUUGUGACGCUGAUUUGAGUGUAGUUUUAGUUUUUUGAUACAUUAAACGAGGAAGUUCCUUUUUGCUUUCCGCUACUUUUCUAUUUAGUGUCCACAUAACCUGAUACAUUACUGUGAUAUAUAUACUACUAAGUGCACGUUAAGGUGUCCUGAUCUUUAGCAGGCAUCUUUGUUAUCAUGGCUUCUUCGUUUAAAAUCGGAGAGAGAUUUCAGGAGAAGGCGAGAGAUUUGCUGGAGAGAGAAUCUGCCAUAUCAGAAGAGCUGAAGGAAGAAUUGAAGUCUCUGACAGAUCAGUCCAUCAUACCAUUCAAGACUGUGAGAAAACUACACAAGCUUCUUCAAGAAAAUGGACAUCCAGUGUAUCUUCAUGAACUGUUUGAGGACAGCACACUUCAUCUUCCGGAAGUCAUCACACCUCCAAGGAACCCCCAGCUGGUGGCCCGCCUAGAAAAAAUUAAAGCAAAACUUGCUAAUGAAGAAUAUAAGAGAAUAACACGGAAUGUAAAUCCACAGGAAAUGAAUCAUCAUGGAACUUUAGCAGAUUUUGGACGACAAGUGCGUUCCGUGAAGGCAGUUGUUGUUACUGUAUUCAACUUCCUGGUAACUGUAGUUGCAGCAUUUGCCUGUUCAUAUCUGGGCAGCCAGUAUAUCUUCACCGAGACGACAGCGAGAGUAAUAGCUGCAGUGAUCGCAGCGUCUGUUGUCGGUCUUGCUGAGCUUUAUGUUCUGGUCCGGACUAUGGAGGGAGAACUUGGAGAGCCCUAAUACCAACUGAAAUCAUCCAAUAUUUCCAUAUUUUGUGUCAUCAUCAAUGUUUUUCUCUGUACAGCUUCUUUUUCAGUUUGCUUAGUUUCUCUCCAAAUCAAAACAGUGAGGUUGAGUGAUUAGUCUUGUCUUGAUCUAAUAUAGACUAUAAAAGCUUUUACAAAGAAAUCCUUUAUACUGAAAUGUGCAAGAAUUCAUCAGAAAGUUUAGAAUUAAUCAACAGUUUAAUUAGUCAAUUAAGUGGUUUUGGAAACCACUUCUUUGAUCUCAAGACACUAGAAGGUACAAUAUGAUCAUGUUGUCUUGUUAUUCACAUCUAUGUUCGUAUUUAUUUGAAUGCCCUUUACAGGAGUGUUAUUCUUUAUUUCACUUGUGACUAAGAAACAUUUGUGCUUUAAUGUUUAUUGCUGAAUCAUAAAAUGUAGUGUGGGGAAAAAGUCUUUUUUUACAAGAAAAUAAUAAAAAACAUUCAAGCUAAGUUGAGUCAAAA